GUCAAUUGACACAAAAUGGACACUUCACAGACGUACUUGAUGGUUUUUGUGGUCUUUCUGAACACGAACUUCAAGGUAAACCUUAGAGGAGUGAAAUCGCUUAUUUUGCUGUCAAUUGAAGAGCCUUCAAUUGGUCAUUUUGAUAUUUCAUCUUCCCCCUUUUUUUUUCAAAAUGUAUCUUUUACUGCUAAUUUAAAAGCUGUAAGGUAGUGCAAAAUGUUGGGUGAAAACGUUGCCCAAGAAAGCAAGCAAUUUCAAUUGUGGCUAAACCAAAUGCUCACAUGAAAAGAUUCGUCUUGGGUUAUAGGCGAAUUGAAGUGUUUACGUGGAGAACACUUGUUCCGGGUACUUGGAUCACCUUCUUUCUCAAAGAGGGUGACCCUUCUAGCCAAAGCAAAGUGUAAUAUCUCAUGUAAACGGUCGACAUAAAUUUACAAAGAAAUUAGGCAAAAGUUUGCUUUGCCAGGGCCUUGGGAAGAGGAUAUCCCCUGUACCAGAAACGACGGAGCAGCUAAACCGUUUUUGGCCUACGUAGCUUUUGUUAUAAGGACAUCUAUCCGAUUUUACGCUCAUGAAUUUGUAAACACACUCCCUCGGGGCUAAAAAACAAAAUCAUCAAAUGCAACCAAAAUCAAUUUAGAAAUAUAACGCCUUGUACUUUGGGAGAGGUGACAAUUUGAUCAGCAGGAAAUCUGACAUUUCUGUGUAUAUCUUCAAGUAGCUUUACUGUGGUGCGACAAGGUUUUUCACAAGUUUGGAGCAACAGCGAAACAAAUGAAGCGCUUAUUAUUUUGGCGCGUCACUCCCAGUUAAAGAAAAAAAGUCGUAUAGAACUGUAGCGGCCUUAUCACUUCUGCUCUGCCACUUGGGACAACAUUUUCCCACGAACAUCAGAAGAUUUGUACUGCUCUCCAGGCAGAAUUUUAUAUUCAUCCUCUAUUGAUGACAACUUGCUAAGAUGAUUGAUUCUUGUUUUUUAGGGUUUUGGGAUCAACGCGGAAGAUUGUAACUUGUUAAAUCCCAAACAAAAAGCGGCCUGCUUUGAUAAAGGGUAAGACGUCAUGAAUCUUUUUUUCCGAUAAAAUUUCCGGUAUUUCUCCUCUCUGUGUAGUGACGUCAUCUUCGAAAAGCGCGAAAAAAAAAUUACUUUAUUAAGAAAAAUAAGUUUUUUGGAAUGAGAAUAAUUUUGAUUUUUAAAUGAAUUUAUGCAGAUGCCUCAUCAAGAUUUCCGGUGGGGAAACUUCCGGUAUUGGUGGAGCCGGGGAACAAAGCUAUCCUAGUACACUCCAGGCUUCCUCUCUUGCCAUUAUACCUUAUGUGAUCGAUGCGAGUUUUCCCUUUUUCUCCCCAACUCCACCGACAAGCUUUGCUUUUUUCUUUAACCCACCGUAUCAGUUUUUCCGCUCACCUUUGAUCAAGAGAGAAUGAUACCUUGAUGACCUUCGUGAAACUAGACCGCGCGGUCAUGGGAACAAAAUUCAAAAAUAACCCUCGCAGCAUGGCGCGAAUUAAAAAAAGAUUGAAAAUAAUUAUCAUAGGGCACAGGGAUUCGCUCUCUUACCUCAUUAUCUCCUGCUUUGAUAAGAUCAUUGUACUAAAUAAGAUAGGGUUACGGUUGUUAUAGACAAUUUAUUGCCUAAAAUAAACGGCCACUUAAGUGGCCCAAGUUUGCCAAAACUGGUGUACCAUUUGUAUUCUCAUCAAACCGAGCUUCGCCAAUGCAAUCUCCCUGCACUUGAGUAGCAGGCGGCAUAAAGGUAAUUUAUUUCACGGAAGUGAAAUAAAACCAAGAGCCAUAAUGGGACUCUUGAUAAAACAUAUAGCAAGAGAACCACCGAGCACUAUAAUCGAUCGUCUAGCCUUAAUGUGUGAAGUAUGAAAGGUUGAAAAUCACCAACUGCACGGGGCAAGAGUUUCUGUUCUAGAUAAACAACAUUAGCAUAAAUCUUCAGAGACGGAUCCAUGAUUUUUUAAGGGGGCAGGUGUUGCACCUCCAUUUUUCCUUUUCUUUUCUUUCUUUCUUUCUUUCUUUCUUUCUUUCUUUUUCUUUCCCUUUCUUUUCUUUUUUUGAAGCUAGAAGUGCACCAUUUAUGAUUGGGACUCGAUCACCAAAUGAGUUAAUAAUAUCAAAUCCUUAAUUACUGUAAGCAUCCCCUGCACUCCUCCCCUAGAUUCGCCUUUGUCACAAAAUUUUUAAAAUACUCAUCCUUCUAUUCCCUUCCAUUACAUAUAAAAGAGCCUUGAAAAAGACAGAUGACGCCGGAGAUGUAGCAUGGAUAGAGACCUGUGUAGUGAAGUACUUUUGCCUGCAGCCCCUGCCAGGACAAGGUCCUAAGAUGUUCAAGAAACCACAAUUUGAAGAAGAGAUGAAAAACUUCGUGCCCGGUGACUAUUUUGAGGUAAUAUUGAGAAUAUUGAGAUGGUGAUCUUACCCCUAUUACAGCGCUAGCUCUUUUGGUCUCCCAUGAGAAAAAACAAUAGACAUGUUCCUAACACUAGAAGGGGCACCUUACCUUCAAAAAAAGAGUCUCUAUUUAAAUUCAGUUUCAGAUAUUCCGCAUCCAAAUUUCUUUACAAUAGACGUUUCCCGAAUUCGCUUGGCUGAUUACGAAACAAUGGUUGCAAGUCGAGACUGAACUUGAUUCUUUUAUUUAUCAAGGCCAACCUCGACUUAAAACCAUUGUUUCGUGAUCAUCCAAGCGAAUUAUUCGGGAAAGGUCUAUUAGCAUCAAGAUAGCUCUUAGGUAAAAAAUGCCUCAACCAAGUGAACCUGUAAAUGAUAGUUUUGGCGUAAACGGUCGUAGCAGCAGUAGCAGUAGCAGUAGCAGUAGCAGUAGCAGUAGCAGUAGCACUAGCAGUAGCAGUGGCAUUAGUAGCAGCAGUAGCAGCAGCAGCUUUAAUAACCAGUAGUAGUAGCAACAGAAGCAGCAGUAGCAUCUUCUGUUAGGCCGAGAAGGUGAAAUCCUUAAAGGCCCAUAAAUGAAUUUAACCGCAAUACGUUUGUACUUAGUACGCAGCCACAAGAAUCGAGAAUUUCUUUCUACGUAACCCGGACUGGAAAGUAACCAAGGCAAACCCAGAUUACAAAGCCAAUGGGUGCGUGAAGCUUCUCGCCAUCACCGAAGCUCGAUACCUGUACGUUACCUUUGUACUGUUCAUACAGAGCGCUAAAUCACUUACUGCAUGUACUCAGGACAGCAAUGGCAGGUACAUACUCCCCACAGCCGNAAGGCAAACCCAGAUUACAAAGCCAAUGGGUGCGUGAAGCUUCUCGCCAUCACCGAAGCUCGAUACCUGUACGUUACCUUUGUACUGUUCAUACAGAGCGCUAAAUCACUUACUGCAUGUACUCAGGACAGCAAUGGCAGGUACAUACUCCCCACAGCCGUGUGCUUCCCUCGACCCUACGGCAGCGCUACUUGUACAUCGGAUUACGAUGUGGGAUUAAUUGGACACACCUCUGGGAUCCUGACGGGCGCGUUCAACGAAUAUUUCCGGGAAAAAUUCAACAAGCCGUCAGAAGAGGUGUUUGAUACCAACGUCUAUGCUUACACUCUGGAAUACGCCAUGCCGGAACUGUUUACUGGUAUGACAGGAUACUUUAAGAAUAUUGUGCCUUACUUGGAUCUAAAGCCUUGGUAUCAAAUGCAAGAACUUGCCAGCGCAUAUUUUAAGGUAAAGAGUUGAAGGUAGAAAUAACUCAAGAAUGAAAAUUUUUAAGAUAAUUCCGUACAAAUAAAACCCAACAUAGAUUUUUCAUGAAACUUGGUACAGUUAUCAAUGGAAACUCGUUAAUUUCAAAACGAAAUAAAAAAAGGAGGGUCAAGGUGUUCGUUUUUAAGCUAUACGUUGGCAACAUAGAUUUACGUCAUUCUGGUGGCGUACAAGAGCAUUAUUGAUGGCAGAGGGAGGACUAAGGAGACUUUUUAGCGUGAUAACUGUUAUAUAGUUCUUGCUGACUAAAUAAAAUGUAGAUGUUUCAAAAUAGUGGCUAAAUAGUGUUUAGGAGGACGUGCUUGACAAUAUAUUGUUCGGCAACAUUGCUUUUCCUCCAUUUCGAGUCAUAUCCGAUCUAAAGAAGAGAAAAGUGAACUAUCAAUGUUAUGCGCAGUAGAGGUGCGCGGUGCGAAACUACGGAAUUAACUUAAAAAGUUAAAGUUGUUCUUUCGUGAGAACGUGAUUAAAAUAAGCUGAUCGGGAUUACCCUGACUUAAUUCGGCAUUCUGGGGGACGCUACUAGAGGUGGGUCCCAUUUGGGCUAUUCAGUGACAAUGCCUCGAGGUUCCCCCUUUAGACUUAACUUUUCUCACUAGAGAAGUUUUCGUGUGGUUCUAAAGAGCGACGUCACGCGGCACCGUCACUCUACAGAAUUUAGAGUAGUCGUUCGUUGAUUGUCGAGUCCCCGAGAUUCUUCUUAUUCAAUGAAGACAACAUCGUUGCCAUGGUACGGCACGUCUGUUCCGCGACUUUUCAACAUAAUUACCGUUUGUUGACAGAUGGUCGUUAAAAGUAUGCAUAUUUGCUUUUUUAACUCUUUCAAUACAGAUGUAUAAAUUCAGAGACUCGUUCUACAAAGAACUGAAAGACUACGCCCAAGCCAAUCUUGGAGGGCUGGGGAUAGUCAAGUCUGUACCGGAUCGCAAUCAGUAUUUUACGACGCUCAUCAAAAAGCUUGAGACUUGGGAUAAAAACAAGAAGGGAGUCAAGAACAUCAACGACUUGAGGGAACAACACAACAAGAUAUACGAAGAAAGAGUGAAAGGCGCUAAAGAUCACUUUGACAAGAGGGAGAAUUAUCAAGAAAUUGUUAAAUAUAUGUCAGAGGUAAGAUUAGUUAUUGAUUAUUAGUGAUAUUGCAUCGAAUUUAAAGGGUACAAGCAAUCUGUCGUUAUUUAGCUGUAUUAUUGACCUUUUCUCAAUUCAGCUCAUGGCGAUGAAGCUUGGGCUAGCUUCCAUACAGGUGUUCAUACUAGCUAGACCACAAUGCAACAUGCUCGUUAUCUCAAAAAUGCCCGUGCUCAUUUUCUCCCGUGUUAUUCACUGUUUCUACUCACAACGCCCUCAUAUUUUACCUUCCUACCUUUAUUAUUUUACCUGCAUAAAUUACGAGUUUAUUUCUUUGUGUAAGAGACCAUUUUUUGUGGGUAUAGAGGAGGGGCUGGCGGGUUUCCAGAAUGUCUAUAUGGAUAUUCACACCAACCCCUCUCCGUCUACAUAGUUUUUACCUAACUCCCAAUCUACAUAAAAGAUUUUUGGCAUGCGUUCGAUCCCCAAUAUGACCAAAAUUUUCGGCUGACCCUCCCACUUUGGACCCAAUUUCUACCCUCCAAACCCAAGAGUCGCCCCCCCCCCCAGCUCUCGAUAAAAAUAGAAAUAUAAAGCAUUUGCCCUUCCCCUAUGUGCAUCGGCCCUCUUCUCCCCGGCCCCUCCCCACUAAGAAUAUUAGGGAGCUUUAGCAUCGACGACAGCAACUGCAGCGAAAACGUCAGUUUUAAAAUGAAUUCCCGUUUUUUCAAUCCUUGUCGGUUUUAUACCAAUUCGCUGAAAAUGGCAAGUGUAGGCGAAUUUCCCUGGAGUUGAUUUCUUGAGGACCACACUCAAGUUUAGAGCAGAGAGAAAAAGAUUCGUCGUCGCUUGUUUACGUCCUCCACAAAACUUGCAAUUAGGCAUUUUCACGUCGUAGUCGUGCAAGGACGGUAAUGAAAUGUACAAAAAAGCGUGAUGCACGAGCAAAGUUGUUGUUUUGCGUAAUAAACCUAUUGCUUUUUUGACGUCCUCUUUGCCGUUGUCGUCGUCGUUGCUAAAGCUCCCUAUUAGUCCCUCCCACCCGCCGCACAAACACAAUGAUAACAUAGGUUGUUUUCAUGCAAUCUCGAGAGACACAAAUAACAAUGGUGAAAUGAACAAAUGCUGGUGGACAAACAAAGCGAGCUAAUGAGCGAUCUUUUGUUUACCGUCCACCAGCAUGGCGGCGAUGACGUAACGUGAAAACCACCUAUUGAGGUAUGAGUUGACAAGAAAUUGCGUUUAAUUUCUAUGUGGUAUCCCUGAAGGCCAUGACGUAUCUAUGGUUCCUUUUCCUGAAUCAGAGCUAUAUCUUGCUCUUUCUGUGAAUCGAACCCGAGUCAUCUCGAACAGGAUUGGGUUUUCUAAAUAUUUGCUUAACUAAUCAUUAUCAGUUAAUAAAACUUUUAAGUUCCUACUGGCAUUAUGUCAAAUAGAACAAUAUAUUUCCUUCACAAUGAUCACCCACAAUUAUGGCUCUUGCCCACAAACGAUUAUAGUUAUUGUAAAAAGCAUUUGAUAAUGCUUGCUAUAUCAAGUUAUUUUGUUGAAAAUAACAGUGACAAUUAUAGUACAAUUUAGAUUCUGUUUUUUGCUUGACCAACUGCUAGAAAUUAUUAUUCUUUCUAAUGAUUUGCAGAAUCCUAAAAAAAUCACAGCAUUUAGGCCUAAAACGGUUUCUGAGUCGUUGACUUUUUACGAUUUCACAGCUCUCUUUCCUUAAAUAAAAUUCUAUGAUCUAUAAUUAAUAGAAUCGGUUGUGUUAGCCUCUGUUGCAGACGUUUUUUGUGGUUCGCUUAAGCGAACUAGUUUAUGAAUAGUAAAUCGUAAGAGUAAUGGUCAAGAAGUGCAAAUCAAUCAAGCGAAAUCUAUCUUAAGUUUUGACUGGUAAUGUGAUUGCUUCAUCGGUUACAAUUACUUUCUAUCGGUUCAUACUCAUCGCAACUGGUGUGAGCAAGGCUUUAGUUUUGCCACAGUUAAACUAACAAGAAACUAUCCUUUGCUUGACAUUCAUGCGAAACAAAAUCUAAGGUCAGCCCGGUUGAAACUUAAUUAUGCGAUAUGACACAAAACAAUCUCUAUUUACCCUUAAGUUAGUCGGAUUUGAAAUAGCAGUAUUUUGGACAAAAUGAAUAAUAAAGAAACUAAAAACACUGUAUAUAUUAUAAUACGGUUUUUAGGGGGCUGUCGCCUCCUCAAAACAGUGCGACGUAGCUCCUUUAACGGAUAAAGAAAUGGUAGAAUGUCACGACAAUUAACGAGACGAGAAACAUUUGAAUCAAGGGAGACUGCAUAUAAACUAUAGAAACCAAGGCAGAGUACUUUGAUGACGGGUUACGGCGAGAGAGCGCUUCACUUUGAAAACUAGUGAUGGUGAGGUCAUCUAGAUUCUCUUUCACCUGCAAUUCGAGGCUGACUUUGGAUUUAGCAAGCUCCCUUGCUGUGACAAACUGUUGUGAAGCUAGCUUAGCAGCUGCUUUUGUAAACUCCAAGCAGUCUGAGUCCAACUCACGAUAGUUGCCGAGCUGGAGGGCAGUUAUAUACGCCAAAACUUCCAGUGCUUUGAUGCUAGUAAGUAUGUUACAACAGAGAAACAAACGGACAUCCUCAAACUGUCUGGUCAGCAGAUUGAUAUAAACAGCAUAUCGACUGGAAUCGUCCGCCGAAAACGCCAAGUGCAUACGAAUAACAUCAACUUCGAAAGAGGAACUGUACUCAUGCCACCCUGUCGUGUUGUAGGGAGUUUCACGCGACUCUAUAGGUAUAAAAUAUAAUACAGCGUGACUUUUUCGGAUGCCGAUGAAGCAAUGGUAUCCAUCCCAUUCAUAUUCAGUUGUCGAGUGCACAUCUUCAAUAAGAUCUCGGCCUUUCUCUGCUAGGCCUUUUCCAUCGGCCUGCAGACGGCUUGGAAGUACGUUCUGCCAGUCUUUGAUUCGAUCAAAAGUUGUCUCGGAAAGACCAUCAACGUAGUGUGUCAGCUUGAACCCUUUUGAUUCAGCUAGUGUGUCAAAUUUAGCGAGAUUACCGUCCAAAUAAAGCCGCAUAGUUUCUUGUGGUAAAUCCUGCAAAACAAACAACAACUCCGAUUCUACGUGGCGGUGGAUUCAGUUUUAUUCCCAGAAUUCCAAACGAUGUUUGGCGGGAAGGUUUCAAAACAAAGUUAGUUUAUAAUGUUGCUAAACUGUUUUUAAGAAUCUUUCCAUAAUCAAUUUUAUAGGCUGCCCAAUGCGAGCAUUUUGCAUAAGCCAAAGAAAAGAGAAAGCUAUGGAGCAAUGGAUUAUAAUAUUGAGUCAGUAAAGGUUACGGCAUUAAUGUUGUCAUAGGGGGUUGGUCACACAUUUUUGAACUUUUUGAAAGGGGUUGGCUGUCUCUAAAACUGCACAUUAGAGGCGGGUAAAUUGCAAUUCCCGUAUAGAAACAAGGAGGAGGGGUCAUCACUUGUUUUUAUCUCAUUAUAGGGCCAACAAAAAACGAGCUCCUUCAAAUCGAAUUUUACUGCGCCCCCCCCCCCUCCCCCUUACUUUAUGACCAGUCCCUUAAUGCACGGUCAGAUAUUUUCAUAUGUGCUAAUACAAAUGACGGUGGGGAGUGAUCCACUGCGGGGAGGGUGGGGGAGUACUCCUUUUGUCCAAGUGGUAGGGGAGAUCAGAGGUCUUAUUUUGGAGUUGGAAAAAUAUUUUCCGUGUGAACUUUUAAGGGCUCCGACUCAAAAGUCAGUUACGUAACAUGAUUCCCUACCUUUUAGGGCCAAUAGGCCAUUUGCACUAAGAGGUCAUGUGACAUCGUUUAAAUGAAACUGAAAGUUAUAUGAUUUUGAUUCGAAAAACGAUUAGUGGAUCAUAUCUUAAACAAAAUAAUAGUGAUUUGGCUUUUCAAACCCGCACCAUUUUCUUCAAAUAAGUAAGUUCGUAAAUAGUCACGUGAUCAAAAUGUAGCCUCUGUACAGACGUCCUCCCUCCCUCAAAAUGUAAUUUUUAAAAUUAUGAAUUAUCUCUUUCUGAACACAAAUUUUGCUCUUAAACGUCAAGGAAAAUGUUGAAAAGAUGAUGUGGUAACGUUUACAGCACAUCUGAGCGAAAAUAUCAAACGUUUAUCAAGAUAUAAGCAAAAAGUAGUUUUGGCCGCCAUGUUAAAGGGCAAGAGUAUGCCCUCCAACAUGGCGGCCAAUACAAAUCAUACUACUUUGUUGAAAAAUCAAAGUGUCAUAAAAUAUCUCCCUUAUUGUUUAAAGGAACCAUUGGCCACGUGACCUCUUAGUGCAAUUGGCCUAAUGCUAUUAAUUUUCUUCCUUGAACAACAAAAAGAUGUUAUCAGUUACUGACUACCGUAAACGAUAUCUGCAAUCUAUGGUCGGCCAUUUGUUUCAAAAUUAUGACACGAUAUAUGUUCGGUUUUUUCCCACGUAUACUUGCAAUCAUUCCUGCUACUCGAUAAACGUGCGUUUUUUUUGUCACGUAUACUUGCGUUUUGUUCCCAAGUUUGUGACCAUUUUCUUACAAACGCGCCUAUAUAUGCGCACAAAAAAACCCAUAUAUAUGCGUUACAAACAAGCAUGUGGUAUAUGCGGUCGCAGAAAGUCGCCGUACAAAAGGCACCGAAUUAUACCGCCAGCAAAAAAACCCCUUCAUGUACGAUGGAGCUGAAAAGUAACUUCAGUUUGAAUCAAGCAUGGCUGCAAUGCCCGCGUUAAUUUCGAGCAAGAUUUGGUCCUUAUUCAUUAUUUUAUUAUUUCCCUGGUAUUCUCACUGACUUUAAUAGCCUUCUACCUGCCUCUCUUUCCGUAGUGCUCCUCCACUUUAAUUGUGAUUUUCAUGGUUAACUAACUCGUUCUCGUUCAACUUGCAUAAAAUGUCCCUCAGGUAUCAAUUUGCUAUUAGUUCUCGAGCCCCGAUUAUUUGGAAGGAUAGUUUAUUUAUAACUUCAGUUUGGCGUUUUUUUGCGGCCAAUGGCAAAUCAGUAUUUUUGAUUGUAGCAGCUAGUUUCGCUCUCUGCACCAUAGUACGUAUCAACCGACGAGGAACUGCAUAACAUUCAUAACAUUCGCAUAGACACAACAGUAAAUUCCUACGAAGGAACAACAAGACAUCGCGCUUUUGUUUAAAGACUCACUUCUGAUCUCAAAAAAAAUUAAAUCGGACUGCAUCAGGCUAUCAGCGGUGAGAAUGAUCUUGACUCGGCGCAAAGCAUAUUUCUCCAUACUUGGCCGGUAGCUUUAGUUUAAGCUACCGUGUACAACUCAAAUCUGAAGAUCUCAGUCACUCUCCGUGAAAACUCAAAAUCCUUGAAACAACACUUAUGAGCAGGGCCCAGCGUCAUACUGACAUAGCAGCCCGGGAGGGGCGAGCAGGGAGGGGGGGGGGGGAAGUCAACAAAUUCUUAUUCAGCGGAGGCCCACCCCUUAACCUUUUAUAUACCAUUUUUCACGAUUUCGUAUACCUUCUAUUGACAAAUGGUACUCCUUUCACAUAUCUUGCUUAGAACUUUGUAUCCCUUUUAACUGCUGGAAACCUGCACUGUCAUAAAAUAGGAAUCAGUCACAAAUGUAGAACGCUUUCUCGACGGGUAAGGGGUUGGACCUCGGGGUGGAGCCUCCCCGUCAGGCCAUCAUAGGGAGUACCCUCUCCCUUGGCAUAGCAGGAAAUAAUCACAUUCCCGGACAAAGAAACUUACAUGCAGGCAUGUAGUUAUUCCGCAGAUCCAAGAUUUACGGAGAAAACCAUAGAAACUAAAAUGUUUAUUUAGGGCUCCGUAAUAUUAAAUUAAAGCUUUAGGCUUAAACAGAGGUCAAAGAAAAUUAAAACACUUUACAACUGCAUGUCAACUCCUAGCAGGAACACCUAAAAAACCAUAAACCACAGGAGAUGAUUACUCAGUAUGCAUGUAAUUUUCUGUAGUGCUAGUAACUUUAACUUUAACUUUAUUAUUCCAUAUAGUACAAAACUCAGUAAAGCCAAAGCCGGGGGCUUAUACGACCUGUGGUCAAAAUGACAGAAAUUAUUUUAUGUAGAAAUGAAGCCACUGAAGGCGAAAUUUCAAAACUAAAACAAGAUACAAAACUUAAAUUAAGUAAUGCAAGCAGUCCUAUAGCAGAGGUAAAACUAGAAGUACUAGUGACAAAUAAACUAACAAUAAACUAUGAUAAUCCUGCGCUAAUCCAAUCCAGGCUUAAAAAGUAAAGUUUUAGUUUCUAUUUAAAGUCAGUGUUGGUAAGGCUGUUACGGACAGUAAAGGGUAUAUCAGUGGGAUAUCCUUGGCCAAAUAAUUGGGGCUCGAGAACUAAUAGCAAAUUGAUACCUGAGGGACAUUUUAUGCAAGUUGAACGAGAACGAGGUAGUUAACCAUGAAAAUCACAAUUAAAGUGGAGGAGCACUACGGAAAGAGAGGCAGGUAGAAGGCUAUUAAAGUCAGUGAGAAUACUACGGAAAUAAUAAAAAGCUUCGAGACUAGGAGGCUUAGAACGUGUUCGUGGAGGCGAAAAGGUGAUAAUUCGCGUGCGAGAGAGAAAAGAAGAAAGGUCCCAAGGUCAUGUCUCACAUAACAUCAAGAGCUUAUGAGUCGUGUUUUGCCUGUCGGACGCUAAUUUCUAACUGAAUCGAUCGUUGUUUCGGUCAGCAUUUGUGAAGUAGCGUACACAGUCUCUCAAGAGACAAUCCACGGAUUCCAACAAAUCCGUUGUCGGGGAGCCAACAACCACCACUACUGUGAGGGUAAUGAAUAAGAACUAAAUCUUGCUCGAAAGAAACGCAGGUAUUGCAGCCAUGCUUGAUUCGAACUAAGUUACUUUUCAGCUCCAUCGCACACGAAGGGGUUUUUUGCUGACGGUAUAAUUCGGUGCCUCUUACAUGACGACUUUCUGCGACUGCAUAUACCACAUGCUUGUUUGUAACGCAUAUAUAUGGGUUUUUUUGUGCGCAUAUAUAUGCGCGUUUGUAAGAAAAUGUCAUAUACUUGGGAAUAAAACGCAAGUAUACGUGACAAAAAAACGCACGUAUAUCGUGUAGCAGGAAUGAUUGCAAGUAUACGUGGGAAAAAACCGCACGUAUAUCGUGUCAUAAUUUUGAAACAAAUGGCCGACCAUAGCAAUCAUCGGUUUUUCAUCAGCUUAUCAAAGUUUAUCUUCUCUUUUGACAAAGACGUCAUCAGUACAGUCGUACUCUUUAGGAGUUGAAAUCAACAUGGCUUCCAAAGUUCUUCUAACUUAUGCGUACCUUUUAGAGGGUCACUUUUAAAACCGACCACCGAUUACCCCUACCACUUGAACAAAGGGAGUACCCCUCCCCCUCCGCGGGGAGUCACUAUUCUUGUGCAAGAGUGCCACUCAGUUAUUGUUGUAUGAUGAUGUCAGAGACGGCACAUUAUUUAAUUUAACAAGGUCUCCUUUCUACAUUAAGCAUUAUUUAGGCAUCUAAGAUUCCUUUUGUUUAGAGAUAAAUGACAUAUGAAACAGGUUCAUGUAAACCAGACACCGCAGAUUUUUCAACAAGAUGUGUUGAAGGGAUGAGGGGGGGUUCAAUUAUUUUUCAUGUAUUUGUGACUAGUUUUAACUUUCGGUAAGUAUGCACCUAUAAGAGGCAAGAUGGCUACACGAAGUAAUUUCAUAGACCUUAUUUAAGACAGUGACAGUUUGCCUAUGACAGAAAAGGUCUAUGGUUGACAUGUGAAUUCUCUAGCCCACCCCAUACUCUGACUAAUUUAUCCAUAAAUACUUCUGUCUAAAAAUUGCACUGUCAUCAAUCAACUCUUUGUGUCGUGUGUUGUUUCAGAUGUCUGUAGCUCUAGUGUAUGCAGCCGAGGCCUAUCACACGCGAGGCGCUAUGAGGCACGUGGUAGGCGAUCUUCAAAUGCAUUCAGCUGUUGUCAAGGAAGGCACCACGGUGAUGGAUUACUGGGCGUCCAUGAUCGAGAACUGGGCUGAUUCCAACAAGGAAUAUGAACACUGCACUGAACUCAAAGUCGAAGCCUGCCUCCUAAAAAUGAGCAAGUACCUGCGCCGUACUUUCCACGCCAUGAAAAGCAUCUACAAUAUAUUAUCUAGGGUUCCUAACCCCGCAAAUGCACUAAAGGCAGCCGGCCUUCUCCCAGUUUAUCAUUUACAGCCUGGAAAAGACCCAGAAACAAUAUCCCUGGAAUGGGUUUCCAAGUAUCGUGGUGUAAAAGAUGAAAUUCCCGACUUCGCAAAAAACAUCAAGCCGUUCCUGGACACCGUUGGCUACAGUGGCCAGUCUCCAAACAAAGCACUGGAUUUUGAAUGCAUGAAGGGAAUCCAAGCUCAAGUGAUGUCUUAUAACAACAUCCUGGUGUCUGCAACAGCUAAAGAUUCACCGGCCAUUCAAGCUAUCUUUACUUUAAUGCCCAAUGGAAAACAGAAGACUCGGCCUGUCCCGUAG